CCCAAUCAAUUCAUCAUGUUCCAGUCUCCCCUUCUCAUUCUGCUAGUGUUGUGGUGCACAGGUUCAUAUUCUCAGCCUGUGCUGACUCAGCCAUCAUCAGCAUCGGUGUCACCAGGGAACACAACAAAACUCCCCUGUGUCAUGAGCAGCGGAUCCAGCAUCAGUGUCUAUGGUGUAUACUGGUACCAGCAGAAACCUGGGAAUCCUCCAAGAUACCUCUUAUAUUAUGAUUCUGAUUCCAGCAAGCACCAGGGCUCGGGGGUCCCUUCUCGUUUCUCUGCUUCCAAAGACACAUCUUCAAACACGUGCCAUUUAACCAUCAUGGGAGCCCAGGAAGAAGAUGAGACUGAUUAUUACUGUGCUGUAGCUUAUAGCAGUGGUAGCAGCUGGAGGUAA